CUGAACGAUGUGAACUGUAUCGUCUGCGGGACGGGUUGAUAUUUUUCUGUGGUCGUCUUCACGGUUCUUUUUGUACUCUUUUCUCGGUAAGGUUUUGCUGUUCGUCGGCAUCGUGUCUGUCCCGGUGCCUCUCCCGGGUAGCGCGAGACCGAGUCGUGCGAUGAUGGAGGACUUUGAUGAGAUCUACGAGGAGGAGGAGGAGGAAGAGGAGGACGAGGACAGGGCCGCGGAGGAGCAGCUCCUCAAGUAUGCUCCGGACCCGGUGGUGGUGCGAGGGUCCGGCCACGUCACUGUGUUCGGGCUUAGUAACAAAUUUGAGUCGGAAUUUCCCUCAGCACUUACAGGAAAGGUGGCACCAGAGGAAUUCAAAGCCAGUAUCAACCGCGUUAACAGCUGCCUGAGGAAGACGCUGCCAGUGAAUGUGCGGUGGCUCCUGUGUGGCUGCCUCUGCUGCUGUUGUACAUUGGGCUUCAGUUUAUGGCCUGUCAUCUGCCUCAGCAAGAGGACAAGAAGAUCUAUAGAGAAACUUCUGGAGUGGGAAAACAGCAGACUUUACCACAAGUUGUGUUUGCAUUGGAGACUGAGCAAAAGGAAGUGUGAAACCAACAACAUGAUGGAAUAUGUAAUCCUAAUAGAGUUCUUACCUAAGAUCCCCAUCUUCAGACCGGACUAGCCUAACUGCGGCUGAUCUUAAACCUCCACUGCUGCCCAGCUCUGCCACAGAACCACAAUGGCUGUCAAGCUCCUGAAUAAAUAGCCCAAUACUUUUGUUUACAGGGUAGCAUUGAUCCUCCCUCUCUCCUCUUUGACCCGUUCUCCCACACAUACCUUCUCUUCACCCUUGUUUACAAAUCCAGCACCCCAAACACUUUGUUUUUGGAGGGAAUUUACCAUUGAACCAUGACCUACGGGGCGAGCUGGCUCACUGUUAAGCCAUGCUAACCGGCACCAGCCUGUGGGAUGUCAGAGCGAACCAGCCAUGGGCAGCAUUAUGGAUUUUGGAACUAGAGCUGACGACUGGACUCUGAAACUCUUUGAGCUUCGACUGGAAUUUUGUCACUUGUAUUUUCCCUAACCUAAGCACAUGGCACAGUCAGACCAUGAUAAAACAUUUUCACGUCACCUACUGUCACGCCGCCAACUUCGCCUGCAAAAAAAACACCCCAGUGCUUUUGUAACAGUUGGUUUGGUGCUCUAGAUCAGCACUAGAGGCUGUGCUCAACAUGGAACUCCAAAGGAACCUUCAUCCAAAUCAACUCUGUAGCAGACAGACUGGUCUUACAGGAGCACGCUGGGCCAGUGGCCAGAACAGCUGAACUCAACAAUGUCACUCCUCGUAUCAACUCCCAGACAUCCUCUUUCAUAUCUCCGCACACUUCACUGUGCGUCACCCCUGACCCAGUGACAAUCACACACUCUGACUGUACUCUCCGUUGUAUGAAUGGGGUCUUAAUGCUACACAGUUUACCUGGAACAUCUUGUCUUCAGCAUUAUGUGUGUGUGUCCAGGUGAUGGACUUGCUGCCUAGCAACUGCGUCUGAGUCACAGUGGAACAAGUAAGCUGGAAAGAAAACCACUAGUGAUGAAGGGAAGGAAUGUUUUUUUUUCUUCAAAUUUUUGUUUACUGUUUCGGUGAAAGAGAAGCAGUUAAUGCUUGCUAAACUUUUCACUGUUGUGUGUGUUUCUGAGAGAGAAAUGAAAGCAAAAAAAGACAAAUCAGACACGAAGAGAUGCUCUUCAGGGUUCUGUCUUUGAUGUUUUUUUUUUUUUUUUGCCAUAACCGAUCUUUGUUACUUUUGUUGUAGUAAUUUAUAAAUGCGCAGGUGCGCAUAUAAUCUGUGCAUUUGUAAAAUAGGCCUCAGUUGUUUAUUUUUUUUUUUGCAAAGUUAUGCCAUGGGUUGUUUCCUUUUUUGUCCUAAUGGCCGUGUCAACACUAAAGCACACAAUAGCUUUGUCCUUAACACCUUCACAUGGCCUCUCGUCCUUAUCUGCUGACCUUGGCUUGCUUAAAUGAGUGUUAAGGAUGUGGCUCCUCUGAGAAUGUUUCUCUGCUUUAGAUACAGUAUAAUCUGACUCAUUUCUUUCAGAGGUCUAGAGUGACCAAGAGUAUGAGGUCCUUUUUAUUAGGUAAUACCAGGGUUUCGUAUCAUGAAGCAGGAUUACUGAAGGUAGCUUGAUAUGGUAACUGCUCUGAGUAAAAUCAGGCUGUUCCCACUUUAGGAACACAAAUUUAAAGAUGCACUAAUCAGUUUGUUUGUAGUAACCAUGAAAAAUGACUGUAAUAUGAAAGGAGUUACUUGUAAUGAUAUGUGUACCAGUUUUUCCCCACAGAAUCCGAGUGCGUGUGUGACAUUAGCUGAUGACAAGGGUGAGUGGACGACAACACUGACAGCAAAGCUGAAUUUUUUCUUUUAAAUGCGUGUGUCCCUUUUUUAUAUUUGUGUGUCCCCUCUCUAAAUUCAGAGGUUUUUGUGGGUCUGUGAACACAGUGCAGUUGGAGCUCUCCAUCAGUUCUUUUUGUUCCUCAGCAGCACUUUGUGAGUCACAGGGUGGAUUAUUGAUCUGUCGGUCUGUUCACAGCUGAGAAGCAGUUGCUGCGAGUAAAUGCAAACUUGAAGACCCAGUCGAAUUAAUGGUUAAGUUUCAAUUUCAAUGUGCCUGACAUUCUGCUGCUUCAUCUGUAUAGUGAAAUAUUUUUGCCCAGAGUGCACUUUGCCCCUCUAGAGUGUGAUGCAAUGAAUAACCAAAUGGUAUAUUUAUUUUAAUAGCUUCCCAAUGAACAAACCUGCUCCAAAAAAAGAAAAUAUAUUUGUGGUUUGUUUACAGAGAGUUAUCACCUGACUCUGGUAAACCCUCUGUAUUCUGACUGCACACCACCAGACAGCAGACAGACAAAGUUAGCAACCACCUGGUGAAUGUGGUGGAGCAUAUAGCAGCUGAAGAGCCAGAUAACUCCUGCGGUAGUUAAGAGAAACCAUCAAAAGAACAAAAGGGGGAGUAAAUCUUGAUUUUGCGGUCCUCAGGUGGCCAAAAACGUGACGCCAAAUAACUACUAAUGUUACUCUGUGUACUUGAUGUGAAAAUAGGCAACUGUUCACUAAAAACAGGGUUUCCCACACAUUUAUUUUUGGUGGCCUGUCAUGUUUAGAACAAGUUAUUGAUUUUAUAUUUUUGGAGCUGGACUUUUAAUGUGGAGCACUGUUUAAAUAUAUACACCGUUUUACACCAUACAUACUGCAGAGCAUACUCUGGGCACAGAUGGAGCAGGUGAAAGUCAGGCGCAGUCAAAGUGAAACUAAACGGUUUUUUCCCAUCCAUCGAUGUGAUCUGCUACUGCUACACAUAGAUUCUAAUUCUGUGGGAAACACCAAACAGGUUGUUCCUCAGUUCAGUUAUGUUGCUUUCUAACAAUCCUGCUUCAUCAUUAAGACCUAAGAGUAUUUUUUAAAACUGUCAGCCGGUUAAAGUCACACAAAGCACAUCUCAGUUUAAUGAAACAUAACAACCACUUGCCAGCACAAAGGUGAUGGUGUAGAUUUAGCUUUUCCCUCUCGGUACACCUUAUGAUUUCUAAAAUCAUGCAGAGACUUAGAUUGAACAAAGUUUUUUAGGUCACAUAGCUCCAGUGAUCGUACGGGUCACACUCAGGGGAGUAUAACAAAAAAAAAAUCUCACUGUCAUGUUCCAAAGUUACACCAGAGGGUCAAGUAUACUGUACAGAUUACACAUUGUUCCUGAGCAAUUGUAAAAUGAUGCAUUUGGAGUUGAUUCUGAAAUUGAAAAAUGCCCCAAAGAAAAAGACAGCAACCCUUUAUUUCAGAUGGUAAAGGAAGCACAUAUCCCACGGACCCACAAACAUUGUCUUGGUUUAUAUGUUAAAAGGCCCAAAUUCACUUGAUUACCACUGGGUUGCCUAUUGGUUCACCGGUCACUUUUCUAUAUUUUUGAUUGUGGUCUGUUGUGUGUAAAUGGAGGUAUAAGGCCAUAUGCAGAUAUUUGUGGUGUGCGUGUGUGCGUGCGUGUGUGUGUGUGCACGGUGUACGCAGAUGCAAAAGUUCUUCGUAGAUCUCAGACUGUGAUUGAACCCUGCACAGAAAAUGAGUCCUUUUUUUAUAUAAUCUUGAGUGGUCUGUGUGUGUGUCUGUGUGUACGAGGGAGAGAAAGAUAUAUGUAGAUAUGACUCAUGAGCAGGUCUGCAGAUGUACAGUAAUAAACUACCAGUAAACAAGG